GUGACCACAAAGUUGUAAGAUGGUAGGCGAGCCGUCUGCCGCGCCGCAAGCCUCCACGGCUCAGCCAUAGAGUAUAUCAUGCUCAGUCUGACAACACCACGCGGGCCGUCCGUACGAAUCGACUCCGAAAACAGGACGCGAUAAAAAAGAAACUAAUAAAAAAUAUAAACAAACUUCUCACUGGCCGGAAAGAAAAGAAAAAAGAAAACCCAAUGCCAGGGUCGUAGGACGCGUUCCAAUUUAGAAUUCUAAAUUCGUGUACGCGGGAAGCGCGGUGUUUCGCACGGUUUUGUUUUUUUAUUUUAUUUAAUAAUAAUUAUGUGGUAUAGUGGAUGAAUUUGUGUGUCGGAGUGAAUGAUAAUAAUCGUUAUUAAAAAUAAAUAAAAAUGUUAUCAAAUAAAUAACUUGUACCAAACAACAAACAAGUAAGUGUGAUUUGGAUUGGUGUAAAUAACAAAAGUGAACCAGUGACAACAAUAUAAGUAGUAUCUAAUUGUAUGUUUUGGUAAGGUUUUGGAAAGGAACCUUCCAAAACAUUCACCCAAUCACCCAACACUGCCAACCAUAAAACCUCAAACCAAGUGACGGAAAGAAAAACUUUUCAACCAUGAACCUCAUGUUCAGAAAGAACUUUAGUGGGGAGAAGAGCCAUAGCAGCAGCGGGGGAGGGGGGAAGGCCAAGGGGGCGUUGGGGGCGGGGAGGAACGCGAAGAGACGGGAGAGAGACCGGUUCUCUUCCAUCGAUGACCACCAGUACAGGAACAUCACUACGCAUCUAUUCUUCUCUGCGCCUCGGCAGGGCAGCUCGUUCAAUGUUGGAUCUGAGCGAUGCGGUCCAGUGCUCGGCGGCGGGUCGGGGCCGGAGCCCGAGCCCCCUCAGCCGCUCGUCAACAGAGAACCCUCCGUGUCGCUCAUGCGCUGGGAGCGGGCGCCCAGCCGCGCCGCCCACUGCCCGGGCGCGGACAAGCGGCGCUCGGAGCCGGUGUCGCUGGCCACGCUGCAGCGAGACUGCUUCGUGAUCCCGGCGCACGCGCUCGACCGGUUCCUGCCUGAUGGGGUGCCCCUGCCAGUCCCGCCGCCAACACCAGAGAAAGGCUCAACAACAAAGACCGCCGCCCAGAACGCGCUCAGCAUCCUCGAAGUAGCAGACCCGAAACUCUGCAUCCUAGCUCACCUCAUGAGCCCUCUAGAGCCCAUCGAACCAAUACUAGAGUCUCCACUCGCCAAACCACUCCUAAAACAAAGGACAGCGGCAGAAGAGCUAUUGAACGGCGUGGUAACAGCGAACACGGCUGUUGGAGGAAUGCUGCUAGCGAAUAUGGAGAAAAACGCGGAAUUCCCCUUCAUAUCGUACUACGUCAUCAAUACGAUGCAGACUGACCCUUUGCUAUUCUACAACAACAUGCGCAGUGCGUCGUUGACCAAGUUUGACCCGAAGACCAUCAGGUAUUCGGCCGCGCAUACCCUGGACCUGUACAGUGAAGUGGCGAUGAUAUGUCGACCGCCGUUCAAUGACCUGGCUGGUGGGCCUAAGAAGUCGCAUACUCCUGGCACUGGCUUCAUCAUUAGUGUUUAUAAGGUGUUCGAAGGCGACGACGGCGAGCGGUUCGAACGCAACUGGCUGUACUGGACCGGCGCUCGCAUGCUCUACCGCCAUCUACCCCACUCCGUCGGAAUGAGAAAGAUCGCGCUACACAAAUCCGUCGCGUCUCACGGCGACAAAAUGUACUUACUCGUCUGCGAGUGUGCCAACUUGUUGCACGAUUUAUCCGGCGCGUCGAUGCUAGUGACGGCGCUGCGGGCGCGGCUGUGUGGGUACACGGGGUUAUACCGCCCGAUUCAGACGUUCUAGUAGAGGGAGAGGAAGGCCUGGUUGGGCCUGGUUGUGUGAUUUUGUAGGGUUAUGUUAAUAUUAAAUGGGUUUUUUUGGGGUUUUUUGUGCAGGUUGGUGUUAUGUAAAUGGCCUAGCCAUUUUGCAGAAUGGAGUGUAUUUUUAAAAUUAGGUGUAUUUUUUUGUAACUGUUAAUAAAUUAUAAAAAGCACAAUUGGGACCUGAUCAGGCCAAAGGCUUAAGGAUUAAAUACUGAGCAAUGUACAUACGGAAGGUAAAUAAUGUUAUACAUAUAAAUAGAAUGGUCUGAAAGCCAAUGUUGUUGUGAACAAUAUGGACCAAACAACUUUUACCAUUUAAAUUUUAAACUAAAAGAUGUCUAACUGAAAUUAGCUAUCAGCCACGAAAAUGUUCUAAAAAUCGAAAUUUUAUCAUACUAUUUUAUAUUCCUACAAUUUCCUCUUUAGGUAAUGUCGUGUACUUUUUAAGGUAUAUUUGUUAAAUUUUUCAUGUAACACUAUACCCUUUGUCCUAUUGAGGACAACAUUUUAGCAAUGUUUCGAGUAAGGGGAUUUAAAAAUAUGGUUAUAACAUAAAUAUAGGUAUUAUUUUAUAAUACAUAUCUCUGACAUACAUAUCUUAAGGUCUUGUAAAUGAAAUAUAUUUUGAGGUAAUAAACUAAGGUAUAUGUGCAUCACAACAAUGUACUAACAUACCUUCCAAUUAAGUUUAUGACUACAACUGAUCCAAUCUUAUUAUAUUCUAAUAUUUUAUUCAGGAAGAAACUUGAGAUUUGUAAUUUUUAUCUGCCAUAGAAAUAAUAUCAGGCCUGAGAAACUAUUAAUGAAUAAAGUCUAACUAAAAUAAUAAUAAUCAGUAUUGUAUUGUAUGAUAUGAUAACGGCAAAGUUAACAUAAGUAUACUUACGUAUCCUAUAAUGUCUAUUAUAAUACAAAUAUCUACAAAAUAUUGGACUAAGUGGGUACUUUCUUUUGGUUUGGUAAAUUCUUUUUUUUUGAAACCGUGACGUGAAUCACAUAUUUAAGAAUCUCCACAAGAUAUUAUGAAUGUGUGUUUGACUGCCAUUGGACUACCUACAAACUUUUCAAUGUAAUAUUAUUUGACCUAAGUACCAUAGAAUGUAUUUUUUCAUGUUCCUGAAAUUUUAAUUAUUAGUUUUCUGUAGCUAUUAGCUACUUAUUACUAAAAAUAAUGACAUAAGAAACAUUGUAAAAAUUAAGAAAGCUGGACAAUUUUGGAAUCAAAUAAUUAUCUUAGGCUGUAUUUAAGCACAUUCGAUGCACAUACAUUUUAGUAGGUACAGGCUUAUGCUUUUUAAUCAAAGCUAAUGAUAAAGCUCUUACUAGUCAUUUUAAAAAUAUGCUAUGUUGUAUGUAAAGUUUACAACUAAGCAUUGUUCAAAACAAGUAGACAACGACAGUUUUAUGAAUAAAAACAUAGGUCGCUUUUAUAAUGCGAUGCACAAAGUUAAGGAUAAUUUGUUCAAUUACGACCAAAGAUCAAACGCUGUGAUUUAAAUAAAUUAAAUCAGUAUAGGUAACAGAUUUCUUUAGAACGUGUUAUACAUAUUAUAAAGAUUCGAAUAAAAUAUUCAAAAAAUUCAUUGGUUCGUUAUAAGCAGUAUUUUAUUUUAAAAAUUAAUAAUAGUAACCGUAUUUUUUUUGCCAUGGUGCUAGAUUUAGUCAAUUAGUAGAAGAAUUGAGGUAGAUGAUUGUUUGAUUAAAUUUAAAAAAAUUAGCGGUUUUAACAUAGAUAUUUGGCGAAAAUUAGUGUAUGACUGUGAACGUAAAGUGGCAACCCCUAUAUGUAUAAAUAACACUGUAAAGUGAAGCGUUCAGCAGAAUGGGCCGCCAUUUUAUGAAAUACCUACUACUGUAGAAGUAGUAGGCAUUUUAUAAAAUAGCGGCGGCAUAGGCGAUUUACAAUAUAGCACAACUAGACAAAAACUAAUUUCAAUCUAAUUAAAUUAAGUAAUUACCUAGAUGUUACUCCCCUUUGCCAAUUACCUACUUACUUAUAUUUUCAUUAGAAAGUUUAUUACCACUUUAGAUAAUUAUGUUCUCCCAUAAACGCACAGUAGGUAGUAUAAAAUAACAGCAUUCAUUGCUGUCAGUAUCUAAUUUUAAAAUUAUUACAAAUCUAUAUCCAAUUCUCGCCUACACAUUUAGCAUACCUAAUUCCGUGUUUGGGUCCCCAGAGGCAUGACAAAAUAUUGUUAUUAUUUCCCUAAAAUAUUAAAAGAUAAUGCCAUAUUACCUACCUCAUUAUCGUAAAACAUCAAUAACCAUGGAAAUCUUCAAAUUUAUGAUAAAUCUAAGUAGCUUAAAUUGUGUGAAGCAUUGUAUUUUGAAAGAAUCUUGUAAUUAUAGCAUUUAAUUAUUAUAUUUUUAUCCUAAUAGCUAAGAGAACCUAUUACAUUGAAUGAAGAAAAUAUUAUUAUAAAAUAGCUUAAAAGCUUUUGAAGCUAAGUUGCAAUUGUGAGCUAAGCUCUAGUCAUAGAUGAGUAGAAAUUUUAAUGAAUUUCAACUAUUUUUGUAAUAAAAAAUAUAAUUAUUAAAAUG